GGUCUUGGCCGCCAUCUUUGUUGAGGCAACGCUGGUUGGAUGAUGUGUCAAGAGGCUUAGGAGGGCUCCUCACUUCCUGCUGGUUCCUAUUCAUUGAUUUCGAAGAUGAUCCACAGCCUCUUCCUCAUCAAUGGGUCAGGUGACAUCUUUUUAGAGAAACACUGGAAGAGCGUAGUGAGUCGCUCUGUGUGCGAUUAUUUCUUUGAAGCUCAGGAGAAGGCAGCGGAUGUGGAGAAUGUUCCUCCCGUCAUUCCCACCCCUCAUCAUUACCUUAUCAGCAUUUACAGAGAAAACAUGUUCUUUGUGGCAGUCGUUCAGAGUGAGGUGACUCCACUUUUUGUUAUUGAGUUUCUUCAUCGAGUCGCAGAUACAUUUCAGGAUUAUUUUGGGGAGUGCUCAGAGACCUGCUUGAAGGAUAACGUGGUCAUUGUGUACGAGUUGCUGGAAGAGAUGUUGGAUAAUGGAUUUCCAUUGGCAACCGAGUCAAAUAUCUUGAAGGAGUUGAUCAAACCCCCAACAAUCCUGAGAUCUGUAGUGAACUCCCUCACAGGGAGCAGCAAUAUGGGAGACACACUACCCAGUGGACAACUGUCUAACAUCCCAUGGAGAAGGGCUGCAGUCAAGUACACCAACAACGAGGCCUAUUUUGACGUCAUUGAGGAAGUUGAUGCAAUCAUAGACAAAUCUGGUUCCACGGUGUUUGCUGAGAUCCAGGGAGUUGUAGAAGCCUGUGUCAAGCUGACUGGAAUGCCUGACCUCACCCUGUCUUUUAUGAAUCCGCGGCUCCUGGAUGAUGUCAGUUUCCAUCCUUGUGUCCGAUAUAAACGCUGGGAAUCUGAAAAAGUUAUGUCCUUCAUUCCCCCAGAUGGAAACUUCCAACUCAUGUCUUACCGUGUUAGCUCACAAAACCUGGUUGCCAUUCCUGUCUAUGUAAAGCACAACAUUGUCUUCCAAGAAAACAGCUCAAGUGGAAAAUUUGAUGUGACUGUGGGGCCCAAGCAGAACAUGGGCAAGCCUUUGGAAAGUAUAGUAGUAACUGUACAUAUGCCAAAAGUUGUCUUGAACAUGAACCUCACUCCAAACCAAGGAACCUACGUAUUUGAUCCGGUUACCAGAGUACUGAAGUGGGACAUUGGAAAAAUAAACACACAGAAGCUUCCCAACUUGAAGGGAACCAUCUCUCUACAGUCAGGGGCCCCAAAACCAGAAGACAACCCCAGUUUAAACAUCAACUUUAAGAUACAACAGCUUGCAAUCUCAGGGCUCAAGGUGAACCGCUUGGACAUGUAUGGGGAGAGAUACAAGCCUUUCAAAGGCGUGAAGUAUCUGACCAAAGCAGGAAAGUUCCAGGUGCGCACAUAACACGUACGCCUCACGGCCUUUACCUAUGAGCUUGCCUUGAAGUUUGGACGUACUCCUCACCAUCUUUCCAGACAUUUUCUUGUGUGCCCAGGAAAAAUCUCUAUAGUAAAUGACAAGGCUGUGGAAGGUGUCAGCGUUAGAACUGCCAAAAGUAAUAAUGAAAUAGAAAAAGGGAACACUAUGGACUUUAUUUAAUUGACCACGUUUACGUUUGAUUCCUAUUGGUGUGUGGAUUACCACGAAUAAUGUUAUGACUUGUCAAGGUGGCCAGUGCAUUUACUCUGGGAUUGUCCUUUAUGCUGCUCUAUUCUGGGGGGUAAACACAAUAUUACAUCUAUAAUGUUUUAGUUACCCCAAGUCGUCAAAUGCAGCUUGAUGACGGGCUCCAUAAACGACAAAGGAAAAGCAUUAUUCACCAAGUACAUGUCUCCACUAAAUCCUGAUCUGACCCAAGUAACCAGAACACUGUAGUUCCGAUGUCCUCCAAUUUAGGUGGAAUGCUAGUUCUUCCUUAUGGUAAACCUUUAAAAAUUGAGUAUUCUGUGUUUGGUGCCACAACCUAUUGUAAGUGCGGACCACAAUGCCCUUCAGUACCACG